UUAAAGGAGGUCAGUGCAGAUGAAAACGGACGCCUAAUCCAAGCUGUUGUCCAUUAUUGUGGGACUUGACCGACAGGAAGCAAUACCAUAACAGGGGCAAAGGAACAGUGGGAGGGACCAUGGCGAGUGGACUUCGAUCUCCACAUGGACAUCCUCCCGGGCGUGUCCUCGUAAAUAAACAGAACCACCGGUAAUACGAUAUACGACGACCUCUUCAAUAGGACUCCGGACAUCACCACCAUCAGCUACUUGUCCAGCUUAAGCGGAGCUUGAGGACUCGCUGACCUAUAGGUUUAAAUCCAUUAACGACCUAUUAAUCCGACGGUUACCCAUUUAUAAUUUGUUAUUUACAAGUAACGAGAUACAGUAUUUUGCAUUUAUAUCGAACAGAGUAAGUAAAAGCAAAACCGACUACAAAACACGUAAAUUUAUGAGUCAAGCGCUUAGGUUAGAUAUUAUAAGUCAGCCAUGGAAGCAAUCCAAUACCAGUUGAAACUAUUAACAUCAUGCAUUUUAAUAACAUACAAAAAAAUUUUGAAAUAAAGAGAAUGUUAGUACGUAGUUUGAAGCUACCUACAUUAUUUUUCUAGAUGUGCCGCGAACUUAAUAAAUGAGUUACACGCAAACUCGUCGACUCCUUUGAGCCUUGUAAAAACUUAAUUAUUGUGUAAAGAUUGAUGUCAGCAUCAUAGCAAUCCGAGAUAUUUCAUUUCUAUUCUAUUCUUUAAUCAAGCAACAUCAACGAAUAUCUCAAGACUGAUUCUUUGGAAACUUUUUGAGUGAUACCAGCGUGUACAGGAAGAAAAUAUUAGUCUAGAAAUGGUGGAUUUUUUAUAUAUGGGAUCAAUAUUUCGAGCCGUUGGAUGGCUCCUGGGCCUGCACCAACAAAUUGCUUAUUGGUGUUAAAAUAUAUGUUCUCAAAUCAAAAAAAAAGUAUAAAAAUCGCCUAAGCUCGUAAAAAGUACUGAGUAAAAGCACUGAAAUACUGAAUCGAUUUGCGUGUGCGGUUCCAUUUUCCUAUAGUCUAGUACUCACAUCGACGAAAACCGCUAGCCAUAGGAGUGAGCGAGCGGCAAAUACGCGGCAAACGCUUUUCGUCGGGCCUGUAUUUCAGUGCGGCUCUCAGAUGAGCUAAGGAAAUACCAGAAAAAAAAUAGCUGAUCUAGCGAGUAAAUUUUGAUGAACGCCGUUAGCCGCGACCCAAAGAUUAAAAUAUGUAUUCUUCGGCGGUGUUCGUGCAAAAGCGGUGCCAAAGCUAAAAAUUAAUAAUGGCAGGAAAACUCCAAAAUCGCCUGCAGGAGGUCAGUGUAGAUGAAAAGGGACGCCUAAUCCAAGCUGUUACCCAUUAAUGUGAGACUUCACCGACAGACAGCAAUAGCACAAUGGGGUAAAUCCGCAGAAUAGUAGAAGUGCUGGAUGAGAUCCAAUAGAAAAUCCCAGAGGGAAGGAACAUGACGACUGGGACAUCGCCCCAUACAUCGACAUCCUGCCGGACGUAUCGUCGCAGAGAAAGAAGAACCACCGGAACGAUCUCCGAUGAGCUCUCCACUGGGGGACCACAGGACUCUACCUCCACCAGCUAUUUGGCAGCUAAAGCGGAGAUGGAGGAUGCGCUGGCUUCUAUAGGGAGGAGGAAAAAAAAGGCGCCCGCUAAGGGACAGCUGGAGAAGCCAUUGCCAGGAUGCUGGGCGACUUCCUGCAGCAUCAGGCGGAACAACCACGUUCCCAGCCCAACUCCGACUUCCUUUAGGUCCAAUAUGCUAUCGGCAUUCGGAGCUGGACUGCAGAUGGCGAGGCAUCCGUGAGACGAGA